ACUGCCACGUAGAGGAGACCCUCCACGACAAACACUCGAGUUCAUGUGUGUAUCCUGCUGUUCCUUGAGGAAGGUUGCGUGUGGCGGCAUGCUGCUGGCUGUGCUGAGCUGGUUCUGCUCCACCCUGCUGCUGUCUGUCAGCGGGGGGAAGCUGCCCGAAGCCGAGGUGCAGAUAGAAGUUCUGCACAGACCUUUUCUCUGUCAUCGAAAAUCAAAGUACGGAGACAUUCUGCUGGUGCAUCAUGAGGGAUACCUUGAGAACGGGACCAUGUUUCACUCCAGUCGCAUUCAUGGUGAUAAGCAGGCAGUGUGGUUUACUCUGGGCAUCAAAGAAGUGAUCAAGGGCUGGGAUAAAGGCUUGCAGGACAUGUGCUCUGGAGAGAAGAGGAAACUAGUGAUUCCUCCAGCCCUGGCCUAUGGGAAGGACGGGAAAGGUAAGAUCCCACCUGAGAGCACAGUGACCUUUGUCAUCGAGGUGCUUGAGAUCAGAAAUGGGCCAAGGUCACAUGAGUCCUUUCAGGAGAUGGACCUCAACGAUGACUGGAGGCUCUCCAAGCAAGAGGUGAAAGAAUACCUGAAGAAAGAGUUUGAGCGUCACGGCUACCCUCCCAACGACACUCUGCAUGAGAACAUGGUGGAGGAUAUCUUUGCCAAAGAGGAUGAGAACAAAGACGGCUUCAUAUCCUCCAGAGAGUUCACUUACAAGCACGAUGAACUUUAAGCUCUCUUUCUGUGCCACAGCUCACUCAUGCAGUCUUUUUAUAAGUUAAUGGUGGAAAUACUUUGGAGUUUAUUGCAAACGCUCUCUCAGGUUACCUAAAGGUAUUUCCGUUUUAUAGAAGCAUUGUGUUUGCGUGGUGUGUAACAUGUAAACUCCUCCUGUGUGAAGAUUUGCGUGGUGGGAUUUGAGCGAGCAGGUUUUUUGAAUCUGAUUAUUUCAUUUAUUUUUUGUUUUAACAAGUCUGCAUUUUUGUGUGUGUUGUUUCAUUCACAGGUACUUUACAAACCUUAUGUAGCAGACUUAUAUAUAAAAAAAAUAGAGCAGGGUAAAAUGGUUCAUCUUGCAUAAACCUUUUGAAGACUGUAUUUUCAUUUGGUUGCAGGUUUAUCUGUGGUAAAAGAAAAGGGGUGAAUGCAUGUAGUGGCUGUUCAUCCUGCAAGAAGAUAUAGAUGCUAAAUUUGGCUGUGGAAUUAAGGGAAAUUCUACCAGAUUAAUGCAGGUGACCUAGAAACCAAAAUAAAAUUUUAAACAAAUAAAACUAUUUAAUGACAGACAUUAUGACAUUAUUAAUAGCAGAAUGAGCAGGUGUAACUAAUAACAUAAAAGCUCCAUUCCAUUUCAGUAUGCACACUACUCGAACACCUCAAUGGAAUCUGGCCAUUAUUUAUGUUAUUAGAGUAGCCUGCAUUUUAAAGGGGAAACUAUAUGUGAGAAAGUCAUAUUGCACAUGAAUACACUGCAAUACCAAGCAGAAAGGAUAGUCAGUCUGCUCUGCAGCCUUGUUCUGAUUUCUCAAAUGCACAUGAAGAAAUAUUACGUUUUAAAUCCUUCUUACAUUUUACACAUAUUUGUAUAAUGACAAAUUCUCUCCGCUGACAAAAUUGUCAGGGCAAAGUGAGAUUAGCUGUACUUGUUAUUUUUAAGUGUUAAACCAGAAAAUGUUCCCUCAGAGAGACUAGAAUCUAGACUGUCCUGUUUCUAUAACUUUGGGGAUAACUUCUUUUACAAAAACACAUCAAGAUUAAGAUAAUCUCUUCUGUUCUUAGGGAGGUUUUAAUGUCGGUCUCUAUUUUAAAACCAAUGUGAUCAAUAAAGUGACACCUUUCUUAACAAAA